CCGGAGCUGGGGUCCGCCUUCUGCUUCUGCUGCUUCAUGCCAGUGGAUGUGGAUUCCCGCCGAUGAAGCGACCACUUGGAGAUAGCCUCCCCUUGUAGGCUGUUAGGGCAUGAGAUUGCGAGGAGGCCGGGGUCUCAAGCCCAACUCCCAUCUCCCACCUCCCAUCACCUGGCUGCCUCCUGGCGUACUCAGCAAGCGUGUACGACUGCGUCUGCGCCUGGAUCGCCGUGACCACCGGGGGCGGGACUGCUGGCACUUGGUCAACUUGGAGGCAGAGUCAGAGCCAGUUGGGGAGAUACUGAAAAGCAGGGAUCCUGAUACCAGCACACAAAGUCUAAUGAGUACCUUGUCUGCCAGCUCAGAGAUGCAGACUUCUACAAUUGGCCCCCAGUUCACAGUGGGGCCUCAGGGUAAGGUACCCGGCAGGAAGAGAGGACGGCCUCCUGUCCGUAAACUGGAGUUCCAGAGCCACUAUAUUGAGCCUUUGUCGUCCCUCAAGGUUCCAAAGAAGAGAGGCAGGAAACCUGGCUUUAAGCUGAAGCCCAGGAUGGUAAUGUCCCCACUUGCCAAUUCACCUCCCAGCAGCACACCAGAGCCUGAGAUGGGCUCCAUCCCUCAGGAUGCUGCAAUCGUCCCCCACUCUGCCACACCACAGGUCUUAACAGCAGAGACACCAAUGCCGGAUGACUUUAUAUGUGACCCUCCUGUGGACUCAAAGCGCUAUGCCGUAGAUCCCAGUGACUCAGCCUUCAACGUCAUGUCAUCACAUUAUCAAACUAAGCACUUGUAUGGUUACCGUAGCAGCAGUUGCUCUGGUCCAUUAGCUGUAUGCAGACAAGCAUCAAGCCCUGCAAGUUUCCAGGAUGGAAACAGAAAUGCCUACAGCUUGAUGCCAGACAUUAGAGAAAGCAAACGUCUUGCUGGCAAGGAUCCCUCUAGCUGGGGUGUAGAGGAUGUGGUUUGGUUCAUCAAAGAAGCUGACCCCCAGGCCCUGGGACCCCAUGCUGAAGCAUUCAGGAAGCAUGAAAUUGAUGGAGAUGCUCUCCUAUUGCUGAAAAGUGAGAUGAUGAUGAAGUACCUGGGACUGAAGCUGGGACCUGCCCUCAAACUCUGUUACCACAUCGACAGGCUCAAACAGAAUCGGUUGUGAUUGAUUGUAGAAGAAUAUGGAAGCCUCACGCAGCCUCUCGAACUCAAACAGAAGCACGAUCCAGAGUCCAUACCUGGUGGUUUUUACUGCAUCUGAACACAAUUUUGUUAACAAAUUGGACAAUUUGAUUGUACAUAUUAGGACUUUUUAUAGCUAAAGCUAUUAUUUCACUUUCAUCUUUAUUUACUGAAUACCUGCUUGGCUUUAGAUUGUAAAAUGUUUGGCUGCAAUUACAUAGCAGCUUCUGUAUAUUAAAACUUGACCUGCCAGCAGGAUGAAUUUGAGUAGAUCAUAAUCUUGACUACUGUAUUGACACAACUGUUCCCAAAAAGGCAGGGAAACUUGUGUAUUUUACCUCAGUAUCAUAUUUAAUCAAAAAAAAAAAAAAAAAAAAAAAUGCUGCUUUGUUUUUUCAAUUAAGAUAUUAAGUUUCCCUCUAAACCAUAAUAUAUGUAUGGUUUUAUUCUAUGA